AUGGACACCAUUGACCAAAAGAUAAGAGCUUACAGGUUCGUAGCAUAUUCGGCGGUCGGGUUCUCCGUGCUCUCUAUUCUUUCUGUGUGUGUAACUCUCCCAGUUGUGUAUAAUUACGUUCACUAUGUGAAACAAUCGCUUCAUAAGGAGGCGAAAUACUGCAAGACUUCCACGUUUUCUGUCUGGGGAGAUGUGCAAAAUUUCAAGCAGCAACACUUCGUAAAUAGAACUACCCGUCAAGCAGAAAAAUCGGCCGAUCGCUACGCAGGAGGAGCAUGUACAUCUUGCUGCCGUCCAGGACCUCCAGGACCACCAGGCCCUCCGGGAAGACCGGGAGUGCCGGGCAGACCGGGAGCGCCAGGUCUUCCGGGCGCCCCUGGCUUC